UCGGGGCGGUGGCGGAAGCGCCCCCUGGCGGCCCAAGCGGGCAGCGUAGCGCCGCGCCGCACACAGGUCUCUGGCCCAGCAGAAUGGCAGGGCCCCUGGGCGAGCUGCCCGCCAGCCCCCUGGCGCUCGAGUACCUCAACGACUUUGACCUGCUCAAGUUCGAGGUGAAACGGGAGCCAGGUGGGGGUGGGGCCUCGCUGGGCUCCUCCCCCUGCAGUUCAGUGCCACCCUCGCCCACCCUGAGUGACCCAGGGCCUGGGGGAGCCGAGAUGGGGGCCGACCCCCGGGGAGCGCUGGAAGAGCUCUACUGGAUGGCAGCACUGCACCAGCAGGGGGCAUCGGGCGAGGGGCCAGGGCUCAGCCCCGAGGAGGCCGUGGAGGCCUUGCUGGCUGGGGAGGCCAUGUACCGGGGCCCCGGGGCCCUGCCCCACCCCCCAGCCUACGUGGGCCCCCCACAGCACCCGUGCUGA